UGAUUCGAGAACUCUCCGAAAAGGUUCGACAACUCAUACGUGGCACAUCGUCCUAAAGGUCCGUUCACAGCCAGCUUUCAUUUCGUGCUGCCGUUAAACAGAACGGAACACAUGUGUCCAUCGUAAUAUCAUCCUUUGAUAUCAGCAACGUAUCUAGCUAACUCCCACUCACUCACAGAACUUAAACUGGAACUCAGUUCUCACCAACAAUCUCAUCACCAAACUCAUCACCACCCAGUUCAUCAUCCCGUUCACUCAAAAUGUCGUCCACACCAGACUUCCCCCCCAAACUCACCCCCCACGACCCGCGCGUCCUCUCCAAAACCGCCACCAUCAACGGCAAGAAAUACCACUACCUAAUCUCCGCCCCUCCCCCUCCCACCGGCGGCGGCGACGCCGCCUCCCAACCUCGCGGAACCGUCCUCCUCAUCCACGGCUGGCCCGACCUCUCCUUCGCCUGGCGCUACCAAGUCCCCUUCCUCGUAUCACUCGGCCUGCGCGUCAUCGUCCCCGACCUUCCCGGCUUCGGCCGGUCCGACUCGCCGCAGGAACUGACCGCCUACUCGUACAAGUCCGUCACGCGCGACCUGCUCGAGCUGGUGGAGAGCGAAGUCCCCGGCGGGCGGCAGCAGAUCGAGAAGGAAGGCGGGAUCAUUGUAGGCGGACACGACUGGGGCGGCGCCGUGGCCUGGCGGUUUGCGCUCUGGUUUCCCGACCUGACACGGGCCGUGUUCUCGGUCUGCACGCCCUUCUGGGCGCCGAGGGCGGGCGAGUUCGUCCCGCUGAAGCAGAUGGUCGAGAAGGUGCUGCCGAAUUUCCGCUAUCAGCUGCAGCUUUCGGGCCCGGAGUUUGAGGCCCAGGUAAAGGGGGAGGAGAAGAUUAGGCAGUUUUUGAGCGGCGUGUAUGGGGCCAAGGGACCGAAUGGGGAGCCGGUUUUUACGACGGAGAAGGGCUGUCUGUUUGAGAACUUGCCCAAGAUGGGCAAGAGCCCGUUGUUGGAUGAGAAGGAGAUGGAUUACUAUGUGAAGGAGGUGGCGGGUAAUGAUGGGGGAAGCAUGAGGGGAGGUGUGAACUGGUAUAGGACCAGCCAGGUGAACUUUGAGGAGGAGAGAGAGUUGUUGAAGCAGUUGGAGAAGAGGGGGAAGGGGGAGAAGAUCGUGGAGCCGCCGGCGCUGUUUGUUCAGGCCACGAAGGAUGCGGCGCUGCCGCCGGCGAUGGCCGAAGGCAUGGAGAGAUUCUUUGAGAAGAAGUUGAUGAGGAGAGAGGUGGAGGCUAGCCAUUGGGCGUUGUGGGAGCAGCCGGUCAAGGUGAACCAGGCUAUUGCGGAGUUUUUGGGUGGUGUGUUGGCGGAGGGGGAUGCGAAGCUUUAGUGAGCGGAGAUGUCUUGGUGAUCUCACGUUGGGUAACUAGGCUGCUGGAUGGAGAAGGGCUCUAGAGUACGCUAUCAAAGGAAGUAUUCUGCUUAGUAGAGCAUCUAACAAAACCGCGGCUGCAAGUAUAUCACAAUAAAUGCGUACUUUUUUUCUCAUAAACCUUCCUUCCUACCGCCCUCCUUGGCUCAGGGAUGCUCCUUUACUUUCACAUAUACGGCC